GUUUCUCUGCAGACAUAUGACCGGUAUGUAUGGAGAAAAGUAGGCCUGGUUGGUGUUCGUAGUUUAAUGAAUUACCUGUAAUAAUAAUAAAUAUUAGUUUUUCGACUUGUGAACACUAAUAUAAGUGUUUUGCAGUGUCCCAUUUGUACAAUAAUAUACGAGAAAUGACAAAAACUACACUUUUUAUUUACAAGUUUUUAGUAAUACUUUCACUCUUAGAGUUAGUAAUAUUUUCGACUCUUUGUUAUUGUGGAGAUGUACACUAUCCAUAUGUAACAUGUGGUUCCAUAUUAAAGAUUCAAAAUAUAAGCUAUAAAGUUCGACUACACUCACAUGACAUUAAAUAUGGAUCAGGAAGUGGCCAACAGUCUGUCACUGGUAUUGAUUCUCAAGAAGAUAACAAUAGCCACUGGGUUGUGAAAGGAAAGAUAGGACAACCUUGUAGGAGAGGUCAGCCAGUAACGUGUGGAUCAGUGAUUCGACUUGAACACAUAGCAACCAACAAGAAUCUCCACAGUCAUCAUUUUCCAUCACCUUUGUCAAAUAACCUAGAAGUUAGUGCUUUUGGAGAUGAUGGUAAAGGAGAUACUGGAGAUUAUUGGAUGGUGGUGUGUAGUUCAGAUUACUGGGAAAGAGAUGGGAAAAUCCGGUUAAAACAUGUAGAUACUGAUGGCUGGUUAACUGUGUCAGGACACAGCUAUGGUCGUCCAAUCCACGGACAAUUGGAAGUUUGUACUAAACCUAAUUCAGACAGUUCAUCUUAUUGGCGAACAGUAGAAGGUGUUUACAUCAAAGCUGAAGAUCCACCGGUUAAACUUAUCCAUCAACACACUGAACUUUAGACUCAAGAUUGUGAUUCUACCAAUGGAAGACUUGUUUGUGUUUUGUGCACCUUAUGUUAUUGUCUGUCUGUCUGAAGGCAUAAAAAAUGUGUAUGUAUACAAAACCUCAUUAUGAAUUUCAGUCAGAUGUACUUCAAUAAACUGCUUUUAAUACCUUCUGAUAUCACAUUUUGUGCAGUGUUAAGAUUAAACAGUAAAUAUUUUAUCUCGUGAUGUGUAUUGAAUGAAAGACAAGACAUUUUAAAUAAAGUUGUAGAUCUAUAA